UUGUGAGUGGCCAACGCGUUCGGUUCGCUGCAUGGCCUGAGUCCAAGUCGAAGUCGAAGUCGAAGUUGAAAUUAAAGUUGAAGAGAACGUGAAAGUGACAGCUGAAUAAGAAGAAGUGGGAAAGAACAGACAGAAUCUUUUUCUCCCUCUCGCGCUCACUGUCUGAUAUUAAACUACUAUAGAAGUGUGCGUGUCGUCGAUCGGUGUUUGGGCCAGUUUUAUUCGGACGAACGCUGCAACAAGAAACGACAGAAUAAUCAAUCACUCAUUCAACAUGGCCAUUUCGAAGAGCCAUCCACUGGACAGCUGCAAAGCCGUUCCUGGCAGAUGCUACAACAGGAACAGGCCACAUGCCCCCGCACAUGCGUCGUCUCAGCUGCUGCCGCUGCUCUUUAUGAUGCUGGCUGCGAUGCCUGCUCCGUGCUUGGCACUGACUUCCGAGUCAACAACCCAGCUGGCUGUUGACAUUGAUGAAGUCACCACGGCAAACCCACCACUGCUGCCGACGAGCGUAGCCAAUGUUGAUCCCCAUCCGACAGUUGUUGCUGCUGUCAACGAGACGAGUGUUCGGCUCGAGGCCGAAGAGGCUGCUGCCGCUGCCGCUGCUGCUGCGGCUGCUGCUGCUGCUGAAGUUGACGACGAUGUUGAACAUAACAGCUUUGUUGCGCUUGGUGGCGAAGGCCUGGAGCAGGGCAUACGCAAUGCGGUGAAGAGUGAGGUAGAGUCGGAAAUCGAGGCAGACUCCUCUGUUCUCGUGGCAACCAUACAGGUUAACAAUGAAGAAACUGAGCCGAAAGCAACAAGCAACAACAAUGAGCAAACAGAAGCAGCUCAAGGUGUACGUGAGCCAAAAACUCUAGAUGCUGAAGCUAACGAAGCCCCAGUGCAAGUUGAAGAGGCUAAGCAGAUUGAAAAUGUUGAGCAGCCCGCUAAGGAAGAGAUAGCAGUUGAGGCUGAGCAAGUUAAGGAAGAGAAAACAGCAGAAACCGAAACGGCAGCGGAAAAGAAAGAGAAUGAGCAACCACUAGCAGUAAAUCAGCCUGAAGUAGCUGAGUCAACCACGCCAAAGGUCGCGAUUGAGAGCGAUUUGGUGGGAUCUGAGAGCAGACCGUUGCCCAGUGUAACCAGCGAUCUGGUGGCCGUAAUUUUUGAUGAGAACCGUGCAAUUACGGAACAGCCCAUAACAGAAACCAAUCUGUUAGCCUUGGAAAAGGAACAUGAAGUACUGCUUAAGGUGGUGACAACACCGCCACCCACAUUUGAAGUGCCCAAGCAUCAGGUGACCAAAAAACAAGGUGUUGACGAUUUGCUGCCCAUCGAUAUUUCAAAAGUAAAUGUGGAAACACAGGAGGAGCCACAGGCAGCACCAGAUGUAAAAGAAGAAAUUCAAACACCGAAGCCUGAAUUAGUUGAGAAUACUAAAGAUGAGCACAAUGUGGAUAAUACUUCGGAGACACCAGUUCAAUCAGCUCAAUCAGUUCCUGCAUCUCAACCCGUUCAAUCAGUUGAGUCAAUUCAAUCAAUUCAAGCAGUUCAGCCAGUGCAGCCAGUUCAAUCAGUCAAAUCGGCAGUUGAAUCCGUUGAAUUAAAAGAAUCAGUGCAGUCAAUUCCAUCAGUUCAACCAGUUCAAUCAGCUCAGUCAGUUCAACCCGUUCAAUCAGUUCAAGCAGUUCAAUCAGUUGAAUCAAAUCAAUCAACUGAACCAGUUCAAUCAGUUCAACCAGUGCAGUCAGUUGAAUCUGCUCAGCAUGAAGAACCAGUCCGAAAUGACGUUGAAAGAGAAGGCAAAGAAUUGAAUGUACAACCUGCAGCACCAAGCACUGCUCAGCCGGUUCAUGUGGUAUCAACGGAGCCAGCAGUUCAAAAACCAGUUGAAGAAUCAGUUCAAGAGUCAUCUGAGGAAUCGGAAGAAUCAACUGAAGAUUCUGUCGAGCCCACAGAAGCUAACAAAGAGCAAUCGGCUGCCGCUGAAAUAAAACCGGAGGUUGAGCAACCGUCCGUUGUAGCAGUUGAGUCCAGCUCUCCGAAAUCCGUGCCACCAAGUGAGCCCAGCUCAACAGCCUCCCCAGUCGAAGCUAAAGCUGAAGCAAGUGAUGAUUCUGCCGAAGAUGAGAGCAGAGAGGAGAGCGAAACAGAGAAAACUGAAACGGAAACGGAACGCAUCGUUGUCGAGCCAGUUGAAAAAGACACAUCCGAGGAGUCUGAAGAGCAGUCGGAAGAGGAGCCAAAGGCCAAGGCAGAAGAUAGCACUGCAACGCCUCUUGUCUCGUAUCCGCCACACAAUGCGGGUCAAACAUUUGAUAGCAAUUUGGCCGAUGAGCGCAGCGCUCACCUCUCACUGGCAUCCAGCAGCCGCUCCACCCUAAUCAUUGCCCUCUGCUCUGGUACCGCCGUCUUAUUCAUUGUCAUCUCGUUGGUCAUAUUUGUGUUGUCUUUCCAACGUCAACAUGGUACGCUGGACAUUGAGAUGCAGGAGCAGCGGUUGGGCAAGGAUGAUCUGGACCAGGAGGAUGCACAGAUGAAGCUACUCGAUGUGGAUCUAUCGCCACCCGUAAUCAUUGCCAUGGGCAACGAGGAGACCGAUGAAUGUCUUUAAGUCUUCAACACAGACUGCUUCUGGUGCAUUGUAUAUAUUUUCUACUUUUGAGAUUGAGCUUUUUUUUAUCAAAUGGAGCAGCAUCAAAUACUCGACCCGUCUCCAUAUGCUGGGUCCAACGUUUGCCGACUAGAGCACGAUGCAAAUGCGUAAAAAAUGACAAAACGAAAACAAAUAAAAAGAAAUAAAUUGC